UAACCGCUAUGUUGCGUCAGCCGUCGGCCGAUCCAUCGUCAUCACUACCUGCAAUGGAUUCUAGCUUUAAUCUGCACUUCUACAGUAGUGCCAAUGAAGUCUUACUUACUUACAAUUUGGUACUUAUUUGAAAAACUAGCUGUAGGUACAACGAUGGCGUUACCACUUCACGAUUCCGUUGUGGGGAUCUUGCAUUGGAUGAAGCACCUGCUGACCAGCAGACAACUGAGUGAUGUACAGUUUUUUGUCGGAGGGGAUCAAGGACAAGAAAAAGUCUUCUCCGCCCACAAGUACCGUAUGCCAAACGUUUAUCUUGUGUUACACAAAUUAUUAUGCCUGCCUUAUGCGCAUCGUUUUCUGUAGACUCAUUGUGAGUAUGCGCAGCGAUGUUUUUCAUGCAAUGUUGUACGAAAACGAUGACGAGAACGAUGGCGAUAUUGUGGAUCUUCCCGGGGUUCUUCCAGAAGCUUUUGCCAAUACUCUCAACUUCAUUUACACGGAUGCGGUAGAGCAUCUGGACUUAACCAACGUCAUUCCUACGCUUUACUGUGCUGAGAAAUUUGAACUGCCCUGGUUAGCCCAACUGUGUGCAGGCUUCGCCAUCGAGCGCCUGGAUGCUGACAACUGCCUUACCUUUCUCGGCAAUGUUGGUCUCGUGCAGCGUUACCGCAUUACGCUGGAGAGUGCACACGUCCCAUUCGCCCUUGAUAAGAAAAUGCUGGGCACUACUAGAUAAAGUAUUUGAAAGUGUUUGUAUAUCAGAACACUUUACAACAAUCGAGCCAGAAUUGCUGCGAAUGAUUUUAUGACGAAACACCUUGUGUGUCGAGGAGAACGAAGUCUAGAUGGCUGUCGAAAGGUGGACCCUGGCAGUCUGUCAUAGAAGUAAU